GCGCCCUGCAGGGUGGCCGAGCUUCUCGGGAGAUCGCAGGGGCGGGCUGGGCGGCCAGCCUGUUUUGUGUGAAAAUGAGUCGGUUAUAUGAUACCAUAGAGCCAAAUGUGAUUGAUGAAAAGAUGCUUCAAAAAGCUGUGGAAGAGCAAGGGCCCCAAGAGGAAUUAGGACAGCUUGCCAAAAGGGAAGGCAUUGAUUACAAAGAUGUCACAGAGCUACAGCUUGAUUUCAGAAAUAUCCUGAAGAUUGAUAACCUAUGGCAAUUUGUGAAUCUGACUAAACUGCAGCUAGACAACAACAUCAUUGAGAAGAUAGAGGCAUUGGAUAGUCUCGUCCAUCUAAUCUGGCUUGAUUUGUCCUUCAACAAUAUUGAAGUCAUUGAAGGUCUGGAAGCUCUGGUGAAACUGCAGGAUUUGAGCCUCUACAAUAAUAGAAUAUCUAAGAUUGAGAAUCUGGACACGCUACAAGAACUACAGGUCUUCUCUAUAGGAAACAAUAAUCUAACUGCUUUGGAAAAUGUGGUCUACCUCAGGCAGUUUAAAAACCUACGCACAUUGAAUCUCACUGGGAACCCUGUCUGUGAAAAUGAACAAUAUUCAAUGUUCAUUGCCGCUCACCUUCCAGAUCUGGUGUACUUGGACUUCAGGCUUGUGGAUGAGAACACACGAGAACUUGCAGACAUAAAAUAUCAAUAUGUCAUUGAUGAACUAAAGCAAGGUGAAGCACAGGCUCUGGCUAAGCUGGUGGAAGAGCAGGCUAAGCAGAAAGAGUUGGAGCACCACAAGGCUGCUUACGUCGAGUACCUGAAUGGACCCUUCUUAUUUGAGAGUAUGUACGCAGAAGAUACAGAAGCUGCCAAGCUGGCUUACCUCCCUGGAAUGGCUGACUUGCUGGAGACAUACAAGAGUAAAUUUGUAUUAAUUUGUGAGAACCUCUUUGCCUAUGGUCUGAAAGAGCAUGAAAAGCGAGAAGCUGAAGUCUCAACCUUCUACGAGUGCCUUCAAGAAGCGAUACAGGACAGUCAACAGCAGAGCACAAAAAUAAUCCUAGAUUUUGAAAAUGGCAGCCAGGGGCUGUUGGACGUGAUUCAAAACAUGAGUAAUUUUGAGAUUGCAGACUCUAAACUCGUAAAGUACAAUGAGGACAUCACUCAGCUGUCAGACACACUUAUGACCCUGGAAAUGCAGACAGUUGACCAGCUAGAGGAAAUAAUAAAGGAUUUUGAAAGAAACAUUGCCGACCAGGUGUCAACAUUUAUUGAGAACGUCCAAGGGAUGAUGGCUCAGUGCCGGGAUCUAGAAAAUCAUCACCAUGAGAAACUGCUGGAGAUCGCAAUCACCACUCUGGAGAAGAUAGUCAAGAGCGAGUUUGAUGAGGAGAUGCCAGAUGAUGUUCGACUGCUUUUUGUGGACAAAGACACCAUCGUCAAUGCAGUGAAUGCCUCCCACGAUAUCCACCUGCUGAAGAUUGAUAACAGAGAGGAUGACAUCAUCACCAAAGCCAAUAGCUGGUCAUCUUCAGUGAUCGAGGAGGUUCACAAGAACGAGCUCAGCAGAAACCGCAACCGUGUGAGAGAGAUUAAUCAAUACAUCGACCAUCUGCAGGAGGAGCUGGACAACAUGGAAAGCCUGGAGCAGAUGGAGUAGGCCAACAGUGGCUCCCCUGUUAGGACACAGGCCUUGGUGAUCUAACAAGGUGCGCCUCACCCUUUCUGACAGCCCCCUUGAAAUACUAAUUGGUGGGGAUGUUUCAUCCUGGGGUGUCACCCCCCGCCCCUCCCCCAAAAAAUCAUAUGCAAAUAAAAAUACCCUUUGAGUUUGGAAAAGCUCUUAAAGAGGAGCUGAGGAUUUCACUUUGAAGACUUCUGAGACUUAUGGUGCAAAUCAAAGCCAGCUCACAAACAGCUGGGUCCCUGAUUGAGCUGCGAUUCUCCAACAGCAGGCCAUGCCUGGAAGGUUUGGCACCUGCGGGCAGUGUCAGGAGCCUGGGACUCAUGCAGCAGCUGGCAUGUGGCAGUGAUGGGGAAGAGAACACUCUCCAUCAGACUAACUGCCGCCUCCCUAACAAUCAUGGGUUUCUGGCCCAGCAAGCCUGAGGUUUGAGGCUCUGCACUCCCGCUAGCCUCCUCUUUCCUCUGCCCCACACUAAGGCAGCUUCUUGCAACGUGCCCAGAGUGGCCUCUGACCAGCAGGGAGACCAAUGGCUCUGCAGAAGCUCACCUGUGGCCGCUCAGUGCCAAGUCAUUAAUUUCCCUCCUUGUUCAACAGCAGCUGCUCCAUUUGCCUGGCAGGGAGCUCGGACUCCUUGCUGGAGGCAGGGCACUGGAGAGGGGGAAGAAGGGAAACCCAUGCUUGUGGAACGUAUGUGGCAGUGCACAGUUUGGGAAAGAGACAAAUACCCUGAGACAUCCACUCCUCCUUUCUUGGCACUAGUCCUGCCCAUGGGCUGAUUGCAGUUGCUCUGGUUUAGCUGACAAAACACUGUCCUCCCUUGGGCUGGUUUGAGAACAGGAUCUCCUCUGGCCAUUGCUAACCGCAGAAACGGCACUGCCUGGCUGCACAUGGGCUCUGGCUUUUCGGCAGAGCUGAGCACUCGUGGCUCCAACUGAAACCCAUGGAAUCUGCAGGUGCUCAGCCCCUCUGGAAGGCCAAGCUCAACAUGGGUAGUUGGGCACCCAGAAAUGAAGGGGCCUCAAGUCUGUGGUCACUCAUGAAAGUGCUGGCACUACUGAUUUCCCCCGUGUGUUAACUGGAAACAAAGCUGAUUCUGAAUGAGGAUUCCAGGGGUGAUCGUGCUUAUAGGAGGUUUCUAUAACAACUGCCCAGCUGACAUUUUCUUUUCCUUUAAGAGUCUGAAUUCUUCAGAGACAGGCCUAAAUGAAAGCCCAGGGGCCAAACACCCCUGAACUUGGGGGAGAGAGGCAGGUUAGAUCAGAACUUUGCAGCACAGGCCUGGUCGGUGAGGCAUGGGCAUUGAUCCCACAAGUCAUACGUGCCUGUUCA